AUGGAUAUCAAAGUAGAAACUCCAGCUGCCCCAGCCCAAAAUGACCAAAAAACACCCCUUUUAACCCCCAAAACACCAUCAUCUAAGUCUUCUGAUGAUGAUCAAAACUCUGCUAUAAGGAAAGCCAUAAGUUCAACAUUCAGAGGCACAGCUUACUUAGCCAGCCGUCUCCCAACCGGAACAGUCCUCACUUUCCAGCUCUUAACUCCCAUUUUAUCCAAUCACGGUGUUUGUGACAACGCCACGCGGAUCAUGACCGCAGUUCUCUUAGCGCUAUGUGGAUUUUCAUGUUUCGUGCUUAGUUUCUCGGAUAGUUACAAGGAUGAGAAGGGAAAAGUGUUUUACGGGUUCGCUACAUUUAGAGGCUUUUAUGCGAUUGAUAGGAAUGUGACUAUUCCGCCUGAAGAGGCUAAGAAGAGAAGGAUCAAUGCGUUGGAUUUCUUGCAAGCUUUUCUUUCCUUGCUGGUUUUCGCCACCAUCGCGCUUCUUGAUAGUAACAUUGUCAACUGCUUUUACACUAAGCCUUCAGUUCAGAUGGGAGAGAUUCUCAAUUCCCUUCCUAUUGCCAAUGGUGUGAUUUGCAGUGUGCUGAUCGUCACAUUUCCUACACAGAGGCAUGGAAUUGACACUGCUCCGAAUUCCAGCAGCAUUCCUUAA